AAAUUAGAUCAUGCGGUUCACUGGGUUCGGUUCACUGCUAAAUUGCUAAUCUGAUCAUCAGCUCACAAUGUCGUCUUCUUUUGUCCUCGGGGUUGAUGUAGGUACUAGUAGAAUAAGGUGCGUGGCUGUAGACAAGAGCGGGGAGACCUUGGGCCAGUCUGAAGUGAGUGUCAACGUCCUCCAUCCAACACCAGACGCAUCUGAAAUAGACCCAGAGGAAUUAUGGACCAAGUUUAAGACCGUCGUCUCCCAAACGCUGGAGAGUGGCUCCCUGAAGCCCGAGGAUACAGCUUGCAUUGGAAUAACGACACUGAGAUGCACCUUCUUGCUCUGGGAGAGAGAUACGGGGAAGCCUCUAUGUAAUUUUAGUACGUGGCAAGACAGGAGAGCAGCCCAAGCAUGCAUUGAUUGGAACGAAUCCAUCCAACUGAAGACAUUACAAGCAGGUGCUAAUGUUGCUUAUUUCUUUACGAGAGGAAAGAAAUUCAUGGCAGCAUCUGUCAUUAAGUUCAUUACGAAUCAUGUUAGCGUCAGGCUCUGGUGGCUACUCAAUCAACUGGAGGGUGCCAGGGAGAGAGGUCGCAAUGGGGAGCUGUGCUUCGGUACAGUGGACACAUGGUUGAUAUGGAAACUGACAAAGGGGGAGGUACAUGCAACGGAUUACUCAAACGUCAGUGCUACUGCAAUAUAUGACACUUAUCAACUAGAUUGGAGCGGACUGAUACUAAAAAUAUUCGAAAUCCCGUCCCAAAUGUUACCAGAAGUGAGGGACAGUGGAGGAGACUUUGGUCAUUCUCAUGAAGAUAUCUUUGGCGUCUCAAUCCCAAUAACAGGCAUCAUAUCGGACCAGACUAGCGCCAUGUUUGGGCAGAUGUGUUGGGAGCCCGGGGACACUAAAUGUACACUUGGUACAGGUUUAUUUGUAAACAUUAACACAGGUAAUCGUCCACACGCCUCAGUGACUGGCCUGUAUCCAGUAAUAGGCUGGAAGAUUGGGUCAGACCUGACCUUCCUAGCCGAGGGUAUGUUCUCUAGUGUUGGUAGUGUCAUUGAGUGGGGGAAGAAGUUUGGUCUGUAUGACUGUCCGUCGCAAACGGAGGAUAUGGCGCAAUCUGUCGAUUCAUCAGGUGGAGUGUGUUUCGUUCCUUGUUUCGAUGGGAUACAAGCUCCUCAUAAUGAUCCCAACUCUACAGCAUCUGUCAUUGGCCUCACUCAUAACACUAGGAAGGAGCACAUAGUGAGGGCUCUAUUGGAAUCCAUUGCAUUUAUAUGCAAGCAGCUGCUAACAGUAGCCAACGCUGAAGUGAGUCACCCCAUAAAGAAGAUAAGAGUGGAUGGUGGUGUCUGUCGCAAUGGUUUCAUACUGCAGCUCAUAUCAGACCUACUUGAGAUACCCAUAGAGAAACCCAGCGAACUUGACAAGACUGUAUUCGGAGCUGUCUAUGUUGCCGGGCUAGCCUCUGGUUUUUGGAAGUCCCGCGAUGAGCUGGAGGGUUUUUGGAAGCUUGAUAAUAUUUUUGAGCCUCAGGAGAAUCCUCAAUACGAAUCCUUGUACUUAACAUGGCAGGAGGCACUCCAUCGCUCGUUAAAGUGGUACAAGUCAUAGUGUGAUGCCAGUAUAUACAUGAACUGACUCUAUGAAAUGAUUAAUGAUGAUUAUUGAUUUAAUGAUUUUUGAUUGAGAUUUUACAUUUUAGCUAUAAAAAAGAUAAUCAUCCAUAGGCCAAAUUUGUCACCAAAA